AUGGAUCCGAGCUCCGAUAUCAUACUCGACACUCCGUACUUCCGCAUCUACAGCGACCGGCGCAUCGACCGCUUGGUCGGCACCGAUACCGUGCCGGCCGGCUUUGAUCCCACCACCGGCGUCACCUCCAAAGAUGUCGUCGUAGACAGAGACACCGGCAUCUACGUUCGCCUCUACCUCCCGGACACGGCCGCCGGGUCUGACGACUCCAAGAAGCUCCCCGUGCUAGUCUACUUCCACGGCGGCGGCUUUGUCGUCAACUCGGCAGCGUGUCCGCACUAUCAGCCCUUCCUCAACACCCUGGCCGCGAAGGCCGGCCUGCUCAUCGUCUCCGUGAACUACCGCCUCGCGCCAGAGCACCCGCUGCCGGCAGGCUACGAAGAUUCCUUCCGCGCGCUCAAGUGGGCGGCCUCUGGUAGCGGGGACCCCUGGCUGUCACAUCACGGCGACCUGGGCCGCGUCUUCCUGGCCGGCGACAGCGCCGGCGGGAACUUUGUGCACAACGUCGCUAUGAUGGCCGCCGCCGCGUCCGAGGUGCGAAUGGAGGGUGCGGUCCUCCUGCACCCCGGGUUCGGCGGCAGGGAGCGCAUCGACGGGGAGACGCCGGAGUUUGUGGCGCUGAUGGAGAAGCUGUGGGGGAUCGUGUGCCUCGAGGCGACGGACGGCGCGGACGACCCGCGGGUGAAUCCCUUGGCCGCCGCGGCGCCGAGCCUGCGGAACCUGCCGUGCGAGAGGGUGCUCGUCUGCGCGGCGGAGCUAGACUUCCUGCGGCCGAGGAACAGGGCGUACUACGAGGCCCUCGCGGCAAGCGGGCGGGGCGGGGCGGUGGAGUGGUUCGAGUCCAAGGGCAAGGAGCACGUCUUCUUCCUCCACAACCCCGGCUGCGGCGAGGCAGUGGAGCUCAUGGAUCGACUGGUCGCGUUCUUUGCUGGGAACUGA